GCUGGAAAUAUGAAGCGAGAAGGCGUUUGCACGAGAAGCCAGACCAAAAAGCAGAAAGCUUGGACAGCUUGGCGAGGAAAUUCGCUUCUGGACAAUCCGUUUGAAGAGGAAUUUGGCAGCUUAAGUGAUUCUGGCCAAGGUGUCUGGACGGAACUCAGUAAAGAAGUCGCCUCAAACUUAGCGGGCACUGUUGUAUCGCUUGCUUCAUUUGCUGAUGAAAAGACAGUGUUUUUUGCAUGCACGGGCAUAAUUAUCGUAAACAAGCCUACUUUUACAAGUUGUCUGACUUCAUUAAGUUUGGUUAGAUCUAUUGAUGAUGACACCAAGAUCCUUCACGAUAUGACGAUUGAAGUGCGCCUUCCGGAUAAUAAACUUGAACUGGGAUGGUUGGAAUCCUACGAUUUGAAAUACAAUGUUGCGGUUAUCAACAUCGGUCGCUACCAUUCUCUUCAAGUAACAUGUCUAGAUCAUCAGCGGCAAUUUGAGUCUCACAGUAAAGUAGUUGCCGUAGGGCGUUGCUUCAACUCAGGAAAACUAGUGGCCACAGCUGGGAUGUUGACCGACAAUCCACAAGGAGCUUACCGGGAGGAGCUUGCCAUCUCCACAUGUGAAAUUACUAUGACUGGAGUUGGAGGGCCCCUUGUUGAUUUUAAUGGGGACUUCAUCGGGAUGAACUUUUAUGCUGAGAAAGAGACUCCAUUCCUACCAAGGAUUAAAAUUCUUGAACUCCUGUCGCAGUUCAG